AUGAAAAAGGUGUCGAGUAAACAUAGUCUCACAAAAUUGCCACGCUCGCAGCUGCCACAGAAACCGUAUGGAUUCUGUUGCGAAGAAAAGGAUCAAGAUCCUGAGAAACGCUAUGAUAUGCGAAACCCACCGUUUGCAUCAUCCUUGACGAACGUCGUUUUGGGUAGCGGUGGACCAGGAGUGAAAUUUCGUGUACAGGACAUUGGUCCGUCGCCGUAUCCCAUUCAACGCAAAAUUCUCAAGGCUAAAGGUACAGCUUAUCUAGGACGAUGCAGACGAUGCCGAGGUCCCCUACGAUGGUUCCUAGAGGACGAAGUUGCACUCGCGCGCGAAUUCCUCGCCAAAGAGAAACGUGAUAAUUACAAUGCAAUUGUCAAAAGGAAUUUAAUAAUCGCUAAACGAAAGGGUGACUUCAAAAUACGAAGCAAAUUAAAUCUAAAAUUUUUCCAGAGCAUGCAGACGUAA